UUUGGCUAUGGAGAAAGGGGCGCCCUUGGGACUGCCCGGCCUGUGCGUGCUGUGGACGGCGGUGCUGGGGGAAGUCUGCCGCUGCGGCGCCCACGCCAACUGGAUGUGGCUGGGUAUUGCCUCCUUUGGUGUCCCAGAGAAAUUGGGUUGUGGUUACCUGCCGCUGAAUGGUCACCAAAAGGACCUGUGCAAGAAGAAGCCCUACCUCCUGCACAGCAUCCGAGAAGGAGCACGCUUGGGCAUCCGAGAAUGCCAGAGCCAAUUCAGACAUGAGCGAUGGAACUGUCUACUCUCCCCGGAUACAGUGCCUGCACUUUCCACUAAUCUUUCAUCCAUCUCCGCCUCUCCUGCUUUCUCCAUCUUUGGCUAUGAGUUGAGCAGCGGUACCAAAGAAACAGCAUUUAUCUAUGCUGUGAUGGCAGCUGGCCUAGUGCAUUCAGUGACACAUUUAUGCAGCACAGGGAACCUGACUGACUGCGCUUGUGAUUCCAUAUUACAAAACAGUGGCUCAGCCCGAGAAGGCUGGCACUGGGGUGGAUGUUCUGAUGAUAUCCAGUAUGGAAUGUGGUUGAGCAGAAAGUUCUUAGAUGGUCAAACCAAAAACAUCUCCAGAAAAGAUAGAAAUGGAUUAAUGGUCAUGAAUCUGCAUAAUAAUGAAGCAGGAAGGCUGGCAGUAGCAAAACUGAUGUCCAUCGACUGCCGCUGUCACGGCGUAUCUGGUUCUUGUGCCCUGAAAACUUGCUGGAGAACCAUGUCAUCCUUUGCAAAAGUUGGCAGUUUUUUAAAAGAAAAGUAUGAGAACAGUAUCCAGAUUUCUGACAGACUACGGCGAAAAAUACGCAGGAAAGAAAAAAGCCAGCAGAGCAUCCCCAUCCAGAGAGAAGACUUGCUCUAUAUCAACAGAUCACCCAACUACUGCAUGGAAGAUCACAAACUGGGGGUCUCUGGAACACAAGGGAGGGAAUGCAACCGCACAUCAGCCGGACCGGAUGGAUGCAACCUCCUCUGCUGUGGCCGUGGAUAUAACACACAGGUGGUUAGGCACGUGGAGAGGUGUGAGUGCAAAUUUGUUUGGUGUUGCUAUGUACGCUGCAGAAGAUGUGAGACCAUGACUGACAUUCACACUUGCAAAUGAAAGUAAUUGCCUCAAAUACCUUUCAUGGCUCAAGCGAAAGAAAAAUGAACAUUUCCUCCGGAGUCCAAGGUUGGAAGCUUUUUUGUUUUGGUGGAAAAAGCAACUUGGAAGAAAUGGCAACAAAUCAACUGGGAACUUGUAUUUCAUGAGGAAUUGGCAUACUUGGAUGAUGCAUUUGUGUAGUUCAGUCCACAAGGACUGUGGAUUUUCAGUAUUUCAGUCACAUGCAGUGCUAUUGUGAAUUUAAUGGCUAAGCAAAUCAGACUAGCUUAGGUUUAACAUUCAGAAGUUAAUAUCCCCUUUAAGGCGUCUUGCUCUCCUAUAUGGAGAACAUUCUGUUUAUAAAUCACCAUACAAUCACUUGCACAGCAAUUUGUAGUUGGGAAUGACCCAGAUGUUCAAGCAAAGCACCCAAGACUUGGUUAACCAAUUGCAACCCAAAAAAAUUGACUAGGUAGGUUUCUUAGGGUAGACUUUAUAUAGGUAGUCCUUGACUUAUGACUGGUGACUUAGCAUCCAUUGGAAGUUACAAUGGAUCCCGAAAAAGGGAUUUGCGACCUGGAGUCUUAUGUAUGACCUGCUCCCUGCAGUCCUGUAACUACAUUUUGGAUGUUUGGAAACCAUCUACAUUUACAGCCAUUUGCAGCAUCCCAUGAUCAACAUAUGGUCGCCCC